GCGGAGUGGCGCCGGCGCCUCCCUGCGCGCCCCCUCCCCAGCUCCCGGCCUCUGCUCCUCCCCCUGCCCGGUCCCGCCCAAGUGCGCCCGAGGCCCGCGCCUGGAGCAGGCAGAGAAGAGGAGGCGAGGGCGGCGAUCGGGAGGGCGGAGCGCAGCUCGGCGCGGGCAUGGACGCGGAGUACCCUGCCUUCGAGCCGCCGCUCUGCAACGGCCUCAAGCAGCUCUGCCAGCGGCUGCAGGAGGCGUACCGCGAGCUCAAGGAGGACCUCGCACCGUUCAAGGAUGACCGCUACUACAGGCUGGCGCCCAUGCGGCUCUACACCCUCUCCAAGCGCCACUUUGUCCUCGUGUUUGUCGUCUUCUUCCUCUGUUUUGGACUGACCGUCUUCGUUGGGAUCAAGGGACCCAGAGUGAUCCAGCAGUCUGCUGCUAAUUUCUCACUAAAUAACAGCAGAAAGCUAAGGCAAAUUCAAAUACGUUCAAACCCACUGUCUACAUAUAACCAGCAACUAUGGCUGACAUGUGUGGUCGAGCUGGAGCCCUCAGAAGAAACGUCUAUUCAAACCAGCUUUUCCAUGACUGUGAAAGUCAAUGGUGUGGCUCAAGACGGAACCACGAUCUACAUUCAUAACAAGGUUCACAAUCGAACGAGGACCCUCACAUGCGCAGGGAAAUGUGAGGAAAUCAUUGUGGCCCACCUUGGCUACCUAAACUACACGCAGUACACAGUGACCGUGGGGUUUGAGCACCUGAACCAGCCCAUCAGGGAGAUGAACUUCACAUGGAAGACGUACAACCCUGUGUUUUCCCAGCUGGAGAUCUGGUUCCGCUUCGUGUUUGUGGUGCUCACCUUCAUUGUCACUUGCCUGUUUGCGCAUUCCCUGCGCAAGUUCUCCAUGAGAGACUGGGGCAUCGAGCAGAAGUGGAUGUCGGUCCUCCUGCCACUACUGCUGCUCUACAACGACCCGUUCUUCCCACUCUCCUUUCUGGUGAACAGCUGGUUCCCGGGGAUGCUGGAUGACUUCUUCCAGUCUCUGUUCCUGUGUGCUCUGCUGCUCUUCUGGCUGUGCGUGUACCACGGGAUACGGGUCCAGGGAGAAAGAAAAUGCUUAACCUUCUAUUUGCCUAAAUUCUUUAUCGUUGGACUGCUGUGGCUGGCUUCCGUUACGCUGGGAAUAUGGCAGACAUUCAAUGAAUUACAUGAUCCCAUGUACCAGUACCGUGUUGACACGGGAAACUUUCAGGGCAUGAAGGUUUUCUUCAUGGUGGUAGCCACCCUGUACAUUUUGUACCUCCUCUUCUUGGUAGUGCGGGCAUGCUCUGAGCUUCGUCACAUGCCUUACGUGGACCUCAGGUUAAAGUUCUUGACUGCAUUGACCUUUGUAGUGCUUGUUAUUAGCAUCGUCAUCCUCUACCUGAGGUUUGGAGCACAAGUCUUGCAAGACAACUUUGUAGCAGAACUGUCGGCUCACUACCAGAACUCAGCGGAAUUCCUGUCUUUCUACGGCCUGCUAAACUUUUACCUGUACACGCUGGCCUUUGUGUACUCUCCAUCCAAGAAUGCGCUGUACGAGUCGCAGCUAAAAGACAACCCUGCCUUUUCCAUGCUGAACGACUCUGAUGAUGAUGUGAUUUACGGGAGCGACUAUGAAGAAAUGCCUCUCCAGAACGGCCAGGCCAUCCGGGCCAAGUACAAGGAGGAGUCGGACAGUGACUGAGCCCUGGCAGCAGGCGGGACACCACGGGGGCCGGAAGUUUUCCUAGUGACGUGUCCUGGUCCUUCUGCCUGUGUGUGUCUGGACUCUUCCUGGAGGCAAAGGUUUCCUGUUCCUUAUUUGUUUACAUAUUUUUAAAAAGAAAAACCAAAAGGAUUGAGAUGUGUGGUUGGAGUCUGCUGUCGGGUAGCUCCACUAUUCCCCAAGAGGCUGGCUGGUAGCGAACCCAAAGGCAGAUCCUUUCACAGAGAUACUGGACAAGAUGAAGUCUGUGUGCGAUCAUGAGGAGAAAUUACCCAUUUUAAUAAAAAGAAUUAUGUCCUGUUUCCUCUUAAAAAGCAAUUUGCUAACUCUGAGUUGGUGGGAGGCCUGAUGACCGAGGUCCCAGCAUGGCAGUCUCUUCUCCAGGGCUCCUUUCUGUAGCACUCUACCCUCGGUGUGGAGCUGGGCCCGCACCUGCCUCAGGUGGGCAGACUGCCUCCAUCUCCACAGACACGAGUGGUCAGAGCGCUGACUCCUGAGCAUCUGGAAUGAUGGCCUUGACGGCAUCUGGUGAGCCAUGCACGAUGCAGCUGUCAGGAAUGGUGGGUAGCUAGGUGGCAGUCCACCACUGCCCCGGAGCAGUUGAGUCAGGGGGUAUAUGUGUGUGUGCGCACAUGUGUGUGUGUGCACAUGUGUGUGUGUGCGCAUGUGUGUGUGUGCGCACAUGUGUGUGUGCACAUGUGUGUGUGUGCAUGUGGGUGCCAGACUGGAGGAAGCCAAGGUGUCUACAAGUCAGUAGUCCUGUAUGCAAGGUAUUAUGCCACGGUGCUUUUGAAGGGUCUGUGUCCAAGUGUCAGCAUACACGAUAGGAUUGGGUCUUCUCUUCCUGUGGUAAGGAUGGAAAACAGGGUGCCCUUCCCAGUCCAAGAGUUUCUGCAACUCCACUGAAUUGUGAAACCCCAAAGAGUUCUGACUUGGUUUUUUUGUUUUUAAUGAAAGCUAUGUAAAAUACUACUGUAUCAGAAAUUCUUUAUUACCAAAAGUUUUCAGUUUAACAUUGGGAACUAAAAUGAAGACAAAGUUAAACAUUCUGAAUGGCUAUGGAAACACCUUCAGAUGAAGGAACUUACUUGACGGUCGUUCUGUCCUUGGAGUGUUGCUGUAGAAAAGGGAUGUCACCCGCACUAGUGCAAUUCAACACUGGAAGUCCCGUGUGUGUCGCUGUUCUCCAUCACACUCCAUGGAGCCUCCCACCAACACCUUGGUGAACGCCUGCAAACCCAGAGGCCCAGGAACAGCUGCCCGUGUUCCCUUCAUCUAUGCACCAACUCAGAUUUCUGCUCUGAGCUGCAGGUUACUGCCCAGGGAUGCCUGGAGACUUCACUCUGCCUGCCCGUCUUCUUAAACGUCAGUGUACUUUAGUAUGGAUUCCAUGUGCAUUGUUUAAAAAGAACCUUACAAAUAGGAACAUUUGAAUGAAAACUCUAGCUGCAAGGUGACAAGUUUACAUGAUUCUGACACUUGCAGCGCUGUGAUCCCCGAGUCGGUGUUCUCAGAGACCUUGGAAGGUUGUUACCAACACCAGCUCCUAACAGACCACUGCAGCUGCUGUCUUCUAGACACUGACUUGUGCUGAUUUCAAGACGUUCCAAUAUGUGAUAGUUUACAUGCUUUGAUCAUUAUAAAAAAUUCUCCAUGAUUUAGGAUGCUGUUUAUCAGUCAGUGUAAGGUAUUUUAAGCAUUUAUGUAGACUUGCGGACUUUUAAUUCUGUCCUGCAGUAUAAUUAUAGACUGAUCCUCGUGUCUGUGAAACUGAAAUAAGGGAAUGAUUUUUUUUUGUUGUUGGAAAUAGGAAUUACAAAGAAGCACCUAAGGGGAAGUGGUCAUGAAACUGUCUUCACACUUUCCUCCCUUGCGUCAUGCACAAUCAUGGAUUAUAAGCUGUGUAGACUCUGCCUACAGCUCUAGAGACUUGGGUGGGCAGACUGAAGCUGUAGGUCUUAGGGUCAAACACUAACCAGAAACUUUUGAUAGUAAUGAGAAGAUUGUUUUGCUCUAAGGGAAUUAAAGUUUUAUAAAUUUAAGUUACAAAUUCGAAGAGCUGACAAGUUCUUUCACUGUAAUGGUUUGAAUAUUACUGUCUCUGGGUAUUUUUGAUAUUGGUCCAAUCUAAGGGAACCUGGAAAAUGAAGAGAUGUCUCCCGGCUUCCCCCGAGGGAGCUUCGCUAUCCUUGUGGGUAGUGAGUCUGCUUGAUUUAUUGUCGAACAUUGUAGCAGUGACAUGGUGCCUUCAAACGCCAUUUGACUGGCUAGAGGGGAUGUGUGAAAUACAUUUAAGGCUCGCAAGGUGGGUCUCCGUGCAGUUGCGGAUUGCAGUGAGUUUACAUGUGUGACGCCAACUGCAGAGUUUAUAAAACAGACCUCACCAGGCUCAAGAGCUAAGCCACUGAAGACACAGGUAUGGUAUCAGGUUAGAAGAUGGUUACUAACUAUACAGAGAACAUACCCAUGAAAGGCAGAAUUAGAAGGGCCUUCUCUGAGCGCUCCGUGACGAACAGACCUGACAUCUGAUGUGUAUUAUUUGUACAUUUGAGGGUUUAGAAAUCCGUUGCCUUAGUGGUUAGAUUUCUUUCUUGGAGGGAUGGGGGAAAGGAGAGAGAGACAACUUUUUUUCAGGCCAAAGAGAAACUAAUUUAGUCCAACAUCUUGCUAAACAGUUUAUCUUGGUGUUUUGGGUGCUUCUAGGUCUAAUACUACCCCACGACACAUCCCGGGACACAGAACAGGUGUAAUUACAUUUUAUGACACAGGGUUUUCUGCUACUGAAAAAUGUAUUUUUUACAAAUGUCUAUAAAUAUUUGUUAAGUAAAGACACUAGGCUCUAAGUUCAGAAGGAAUACAGGAACUGUGGACUAAGUUUGGGUGGAGCAGAGUCACCUGGGUAGUCAGUCAAGGAGUUAAUAAAUGCUUAUUUAUAGAAAACUCAAUAAAAGUCAUGUUUUGGGACUGGCUUCUGUAUUAGACCUUUCAUUGCUGUGACAGAGAGAGACCUGAUGAAUGACUCACAGGACAGUUAGUCCAGUUCAUGAGUGGUUAGCUCACUCCACCAUAGACCCAUGAUGAACACGGUGCCAAGAUUAUGUGGCAACAUGGCUCACUUCCUGGUGCCCAGGAGGCAAAGAGGGUGACAGGAUGGGACCAGAGGCCUUGCCCCAGGGACAUGCUUCUAUAUC